CUGUGUCGUGCAGGCAAAAGGAAGCGCAGAGAGAUCUUCGACUCCAUGAAUUUUAAUAUUCAGAAGAGUUCGGAUACUUGUAUGGAUGGUGUAGAAGACAUUUUGGGGGCAAAUAGGCUUGAAGAUGUGACUUGGCUUUGUUCCCUCUCUGAGUCAGAGCUUGAUAUGCUGAUAAGCUUAAAGAUAAUGCUCAUCCAACGUGCAAAAGUAAUUGGCCAUGAAAGUCUAGCUGAAAAUUUUGAUCUGAAGAUGCUUCGAGCCCUUGGAAUGUCUUUCUCUAUUGGGUUCAUUUUGAUGGAAUAUUUGAAAGGAAAGGGUAAGGAUUUAUCACUUGGUCCUGAAGACUCUGCUGCAUUUAUGGAUCACUGCAAAUUAUUGAAAUGUAAUGUUGAAGAAAUUGUGAGCCUAGAAGAAUUAAAGGCACUUAUUGGUCCCGACUCCAAGAAGAGACUGGCAAAAAGACAGAGCAAAGGUGUGGCCUCAAACUAGAGAGAUAUCAAGAAGAUCAUCAUGAAAGCUGAUCAAGCCAAGUCAAAAUGCUUGAUAAUUAGAAUUUAUCCCUAGUAGAAAGGAACAUGAAUGAGAAGGCUUUCGAUUCUCUGCACUGUCAUGAUGCAUAUUGAAGGCAAACUAGCAACCUUUUACCCUUCUGAAGCAAGUACACGACAUCGAACUACAUAGCGGAUUUUACAUACAAGUCUACUCUUAGAAGAGGAUUCUUUUGUUUCUUUGUUUUCAUCAAAAUUAUAGGUUGAAAAUAUAUGUUUCUUACUAUAUGCUGAUUACUCACCUUGGUGGAAUCCUUGUAUUAUGAUUUUGUGAAAUUAGACUAGUCUUCUUCUUAAAUGGUUCGUCAUGUCUAUCAUGAUCAUCUUACAGAUUGUUCCCAUCAUUAAUGAAAUGCAUGUUUAAGAUCA